CCAACAUCAUCGGCCAUCCUCUUUGACGAACGAUUGAACAGCGCACACGGCUUCGACCGCCACGAAUCCAGUCAUAAUGGUCUCCCCUGUAAGUCUUGAAAACCAUGGCACAUCCUAGGCCCCACGACUGCCCGCCCGACUGUGGCUACGCCGUGGCCCAACACGUGAGAGGAGCCGGCGGACUGACUAUGCUUUCCCGCAGACUCCUUUCCGCGCCGCGGAGUUCAAGAGUGCCUACGGCCCCAAGUACGUCUCGACUGUCCCAGAUUCGAUGCGAGUUCCAACCGAGUCGAUUGGCGCCGAUGCGCUGGCGUGGCAUCGCAUCGGAGCCCUGGCCUGUUGUGCCUAACACCGCACGAGGGGCAGCAGAACUGACCGAGCCAUCCAUCAGAUACCACUUCCAGCCCAACUUCCAUGGCAUGAACAAGACCUCUGCUUUCCGGCUAGGCCUCCGCACCGCUUCCUUUGGCGGCGCUGGCGUCAUCGCUGCCCUCCUCUACGUCUCCGGCAUUCCUCGUGUUCAGCGCGACAUUCUUCAGCAAAUCCCCGUGGUUGGAAAGUACUUCAUCCCGGCGGAAAUCCCGGCUUCGGACAACCCUUUCUAAACGAUUGUGGUGGACGGUGGAGGGUAGAAACUGUACAACAAACAACCUGUCGAGUCCUGCUGGCAGAUGGGUCUGUUUCCUUGCUUCCUUUGUAUAAGAUGAACAAAAUAGAAACAUUCGGCAACUUCUCGUGCCACAGUUGGAGUCAUUGACAGGGCAUGUGCGAGUCGCGUGACGACCACCUCUUGCUUGCGGGCCUUGUAUGUCAACUGGGACUAGUUUGACCGGCAUCUCUCCGCGUUCCGGCAGGGCCAAACGAAUAUCACAUGUAGAC